AUGAAGCCGGGGCCGCCGCGCCGCGCCGGGGCCGCCCACGGGGCCGCCGCGGGGACCGGGGCCGCCGCCGCCGCCGCCUCCGGGGCCCGCGGGCUGCUCCUGCCGCCGCUGCUGCUGCUGCUGCUCGCGGGGCGCGCCGCUGGGGCUCAGCGCUGGCGCAAUGAGAACUUCGAGCGGCCCGUGGACCUCGAGGGCUCUGGGGAUGAUGACUCCUUUCCCGAUGAUGAACUGGACGGCCUCUAUUCAGGGUCGGGCUCGGGCUACUUCGAGCAGGAGUCGGGCCUGGAGACAGCCAUGCGGUUUGGCCCUGACGUGGCCCUGGCCACGCCCACCACGCCCGCUGUGCUGCCCACGGAGGACAUCCAGCCCGUGGGCUCCCCGGUUGAAGAGCUCCCCUCCGAGCACCCCAGCCCAGAGCCCGUCACCAGCCCCCCGGUGGUGACAGAGGCCCCGGAAGAGCCCAGCCAGGGAGCCACCACCAUCUCCACCACCACGGCCGCCACUGCCGCCGCCACCGCUGCCGUCACCGCCGCCACCACCACGGAGGCCCUGACCGCGGCCACGGCAGCCACCACAGCAGCCACCACCGUCCCCAGCUCCCCCGCGGCGGCCCCUGCCACGGCCACCGCUGCAGUCGUAAGGACCACCGGCGUGCGGAGGCUGCUGCCUACCCCACUGACCACGGCCGCCACGGCCCGGGCCACCGUCCCCACGGUGCCCUCGCCGCCCACCACCGUGGCUGGCGUGGACACAGAGUCCCCGACGCCCAGGCUGGCCAGCACAGCUACCUCCCGGCCCAGAGCCCUUCCUUGGCCAGCCACCACCCGGGAGCCCGAUGCCAUCAAGAGGAUUACCCUGCCCCUGGGGACAACUGUCCCCGGUCCCACAGAGGUGGCUCAGACCCCAACUCCAGAAUCCUUCCUCAUCACCAUCCGGGGUGAGCCAGAGGUGCCGGUGAGCGGGGGUCCCAGCGGGGACUUUGAGCUGCCAGAGGAGGAGACCACCCAGCCAGACACAGCUAACGAGGUGGUGGCUGUGGAAGUUCCUGUGGCCAAACCGUCACCCCCGUCCGGGACACUGCCCAAGGGCGCCCGCCCGGGCCCGGGCCUUCUGGACAAUGCCAUCGACUCAGGCAGCUCUGCAGCUCAGCUCCCUCAGAAGAGCAUUCUGGAGCGGAAGGAGGUUCUCGUAGCUGUGAUUGUGGGCGGUGUGGUGGGCGCCCUGUUUGCCGCCUUCUUGGUCACGCUGCUCAUCUACCGCAUGAAGAAGAAGGACGAGGGCAGCUACACGCUGGAGGAGCCCAAGCAGGCAAGCGUCACCUACCAGAAGCCUGACAAGCAGGAGGAGUUCUAUGCCUAGAGGAGCCGCAGUGCCUCCUGCAGCCUCAACACCUCCCUCCCCUCCCCGUCCCCAGCCAGCCCCCGCAGCCCAGGCCUGGGACCAGGAGCCCAGCCCCAGGUCUUCUCUGCCCUCCUUGUCAAAGCCUGCCCGGGCUGCCAGCAUCACGCAGACCAUCCCUGAGCAACGGCACACUGCCACCCGCCCCAGACUGUGCCCUUACAAGCUCCUCUCUUGUACCCACCACCACCAGCCUGGGGCUUCGGGACCUUAUGUCUGAUGGACAGGAGGAAAGAAGCUCCUGUUUGGCUGGUGGAAGCAGGGGAAGGGCUGGGACUGGAGAUGGCCCGAGGCUGUCCGCUCACCUGCUCAUCCUGCGGGGCUGGGGUGAGCGCUCCUUUCUGGGGUGGAGAGGCAGUCAGGCUGGUUUUCAGGACCAAUAUGUGGCAAACUGAGCUCUCAAAAUCAUCCAGACACUGAAGCCUCUUGCUCUUGUCCCAGGGCCUGUCUCUGCCUGGGUGAGAGGGUGCCCUUGAUCACCAGCCUGUCCCCGUGGGAAGACUGGGGCUCCUCCUCCACCCAGCGCACACGCGCCCAGGCUGCGCCCCUUUCUCCAGUGUCUCCCGGGGAACGGCUUCCCGUGGGCUCAGGGGCCACCCGGGAUGGGGAGAGGCAACACUCUCCUGUGAAUGGUCUCCACCCGGUCGCCCACUUUCCCACACACACUGCCAUGUUCACACCCACGACAGAAGCACGUGACAGGAAAUCAUAUGUAGCCCUGACUGCCCAGACGACACUGAGACCAACAACCCGCCCCAUCUCCCCCCAACGACGUUUCUGUUCAUGCAGUGCCCAGUAAACCCACAAACCCGCAACGCAAGCCACCGGCCACGCGCGGGCUCCUCCUCUGUCCCCCCUACAUACAUGCAACCCGACACAUGCCGCCUCCCGGGGAAGGUGGAAUCAAGCUGGAGCACUCAGCCCAUAUUGGGUCCCCUAGAGUUGUCCCAUUUCCACUCGGUGCCCACACCAGCCACCUUGCUGCCGCCCCCCCAGCCUUGUCAGACAAUCCCACAGGGAUGCACAAUCUCACCGUACAUGAGCCACACUUGUGCUGGAGGAAGACAGGAGGGCACCCACCUUUCCUGGAAUGAAGUGUGGUGGUGGUGUGUAUGUGUGUGUGUGUGUGUGUGUGCGCGUGGGGUAGGAGUGGGGGUCAUGGCCUCAGCCUUUCAGGGCUUUGUGCACCUGUGGGCCUGGCCUCACACCCGGCUGCUUCCUUCCCUCCUGUGGCCCACAGGGGAGGCUCAAGGCCAGCCCCCAGCAACCUGGGGUGAUGAGGCUCCUCCAAGGCUGAAGGAAGAUGGCCCAGGCGGUGGAGGGAGCUUGGCUCUCCCAGGACCAAAGGCCCAGGUGGAGGGGGCAGCUCCGGCUCCGUGUCUCCCCACGUCCCCUUCCUGCUGUGAGCCAGGGGCUGACUCUGCCUCCCAGGACACACGUCUCCAAAGUGCCUGUGAGGGCGGGCCUCCGCCCCGGCCCUCCGCCCCACAGCCUUCCAGGCUGACCUCAGACCCACCUACCCCCAGCCUCCCUGCGGACACCUGCUGGCCCCUCUGACCCAACAACUCUGCCACGCUGGUUGAUGCUGCCUGGACUCCCAGCUGGCAGCAGCCCAUCCAGCGCCCCAGGCCCCACGGGCAGAGCGUAGAUGUGCAGGGGCAGGUGGCCGUGGGGGAGAGGUGUCACAGGCCCCCCAAGCCCACCUCCCUUUCUUUGUUACUCCUGAAAGUGGGACCAUUUUGUUGGUAUUUUCAGACAUGGGGUCACCAUUCUCCGUCCUGGGGGGAAGGAGGUGCCCGGUGGGGGCUCUAGGUAGGAGCCGAAGGGACGUGGUGUGAGUUCUGAUUGGCUGGCCCCCCCCACCUCUCACUCAUAACCCAGAUUCACAUCAGCUCCUCCCCGCCCCCCUGCAGUUUAUUUUCUGUUACUUGUCAAGAUUCCCUGGCGGCAGACUUCAGCGGGCUGGGGGGUCGGGGGGAGGCUGAGGCCACAGGGGCAGCAUCCCAGAGCUACAGCAGCUUGUGUUUCCCCAGGGGUGGGGGGGGUCACACUUCCAGGCUGGGCUCCAUCUUUCAGACCCCAAGUCUGCCUCGGUGGGCCCAGGGCUUUGUAAGAAAGUCAGUGGAUCCCAGUCUUUGAAGAAGGGCCGGAGCGGGAGGAACUCUGGGCCCAGGAGACCUGGAAGGGGCGGUUUGGCUUCCACCAGCCCUGUAGCAGAAAGGUCAGAUACAGGGAGCAGAAGACGACCCAAGUCCCCCCAGCCCUCGCCUCCUCCUGGGUGGGCUACUGGCCAAUGGGCAGAGAGGAGGCGGUGCCCAGGGACCCGGCAUGGGGGGCGGGGGGAUGGAGACCCAGCAGUGAGCACUACUGCAUUGGGUUGAAACCCACGUUUCACAUCCUGUGGGCUGCCUCUGGAUUUGGGGCUGGGAGCUCAGCCUCUUGGCACAGCCUCCCCCAUUUUGUCCUAAGCAUUUGAGAGACAGGCUGAGGGCUUGGUCCAUGGAGCCGUGGACAGGAGGCCAAUGUUUAAUGGCUUUGUCCUUGUGAAGUUUCCUGGUCUGAGCAGCCCAGCUGCCCUGGACCAGCCUGACGGGGAGCAGGGUGCUUCUCAAGAGAGUGCGGCUCAACGGAUGAGCUGGAGCCCUCUGUGGUGCAAUGUGGGGUGUAGGGUUCCCCCACUCUAGGUACGGUUUGGUACGUGCAGGGCCUGCCCAAUCGGGUCCACAGACACCCUGAUGCUUCCUAGAGGGUGUCCGGGGCCCUGGCGUUUCCCGGAAGCACAGCGCAUUCCAAAUGAGAGGGAGCUUGUGUGGCUGGAGCGGUCUGUCCUUAGCUUUGGCGUUUGGAGACUGCAGCGCAGGCUGAGGACCCUAGGGCAGCAGGCGGGGCUUGCACUGUCUUCUCCACGCCCCCUGCAAGGCUGGUGGGCCCCUUGGUGGCUGCAGGCCUGUGGCAGGGGUGGAGGGUGCUCAGGCCAGGCUCAGCGGUUGACACAGCUGCCCCCUCUAGGCCCAGGUCACACAUGGAGCAGACCUGGCUUUGCCUCCAGGGCAGGGGGGGGGUCUCGGCUCUCCUGGCUUUCCUCUGUCAGCUGCAUUCCCGGGCUCACCUCGCCAGGCCUCCUGUCUGUAAAUAGAAGCCCACAAACUAUGUACAGAUUUAGAGACGCCACCUGGGCCCUGAAAGUCACCAUCUGAGCGCCAAGGGCUCCGGCAUCUCCCAGGUGCCUGCCCGGCGCCCCUGUGCCCCCGGCCCCAGCGUGGCGAAUGCAUGUAAAUAUUUUUCGUAGGCAGCGUGGCUCCAGGGAGCCCCCCCCCGAAGACAGUGUCCCCCCCCUCCCUCCGGUGCGUGCUUUCUCCUGUACAGAGACAACUCCCCCCUCCCCCAACCCGGCCUGCGACAGCUGGGAAUCUGUCCUUCCCUCCCCCAGACCGUCCUACCCCAUUCGCUCCCCAUAACCUGUUUAUUAAUCAUACCUGUCCUGAGUUUCUGGCCAAAACUUCAAAGGAGGAGAAGCGGAGGAGAGAAUGGACAGAGCCUGGCGCCGCCCGCUGUGGGCGCUCACCCGCCCCCGCCUUGGGAAGGAGCUGGUUUGGUUUUUUUGUUUUGUUUGUUUUGUUUUGUUUUGUUUUUAACAUUUCCCGUGCUGUGCCCAUUUAUAAGAGGAAAUAAAAUUAAGCUGAAAGGAA